AUGUUCGCCGCGGUGCUGAGAAGGCGUGCCCUUCAAUCGAGGCCCGCUCUCUCCUACUCCUACCAAUUCGCAAGAUGUUACGCCGCAAAGUCGUUCCCGCCUCAUACGGUGGUUACUAUGCCUGCCCUGUCUCCGACAAUGACAGCAGGCAAUGUUGGGGUGUGGCAGAAGAAACCCGGUGAUGCGAUAUCUCCGGGUGAUGUCCUGGUUGAGAUUGAGACGGAUAAAGCGCAAAUGGACUUCGAAUUUCAAGAAGAGGGAGUUCUUGCGAAGAUUCUCAAGGAAUCUGGAUCCAAAGAUGUGGCAGUUGGCAACCCUAUCGCCGUCAUGAUCGAGGAGGGCGAAGAUGCUUCGGCUUUCGAAUCUUUCACACUCGAGGAUGCUGGAGGAGCAAAGGAGGCACCAGCACCACCCAAGGAGGAAGCCAGCGAGUCUUCCGAGGCACCAGAUACUGGUUCUAAUACAGCACCACCUUCUAAGACUGAAUCGAAGCCCGUGCCCGAGGAAACCGAGUCAAGUGGUGGCAGAUUACAAUCAGCUUUAGACCGACUUCCAAACGCAAGCGCAACUGCUUUUAGAUUGGCUGCCGAGACUGGUGUCAAGAUCUCAGGUCUCAAGGGUACUGGAACUGGCGGACAAAUUACUGAAGCCGAUGUCAAGAAGGCUUCAUCAGGUGGAGAUUCGGCCCCAGGAGCUGCUCCUUCUGCCUCAUAUGUCGAUACUCCUACAAGCUCGAUGCGUAAAACAAUCGCCAACCGCCUCACCGAGUCCGUAAACCAGAACCCCCACUACUUCGUUGCAGCAACGCUUUCUGUCUCCAAGCUCCUGAAGCUCCGUCAAGCUCUCAAUGCCUCAUCAGAUGGAAAAUACAAGCUUUCAGUGAACGACUUCCUCAUCAAGGCUUGCGCUAUUGCUUGCAAAAAGGUUCCUACUGUCAACUCUAGCUGGAGAGACGGAUUCAUCCGCCAAUUUAACAAUGUAGAUGUUUCAGUCGCUGUCUCCACCCCCGUUGGUCUCAUGACACCUAUUGUCAAGAACGUUGAGGGUCUCGGACUCGAAUCCAUCUCCGCCCAAGUCAAAGACCUCGGAAAGCGCGCCCGAGACGGCAAGCUCAAGCCCGAAGAAUACCAAGGCGGAACCUUCACUAUCAGCAACAUGGGCAUGAACGCAGCGAUCGACCGAUUUACCGCCGUCAUCAACCCACCUCAAGCCGGUAUCCUCGCCGUUGGCACCACCAAGAAGGUCGCCAUCCCAGUCGAGACGGAAGAAGGCACAUCUCUAGAAUGGGAUGACCAAAUAGUCGUUACCGGCAGCUUUGAUCACAAGGUCGUGGAUGGUGCUGUUGGUGGUGAAUGGAUUCGCGAAUUUAAGAAGGUGGUUGAGAACCCGCUGGAGCUGUUGUUGUGA